AUGUAGUUGUUUCCUUGGUGGGUUAAUUCAAAUAUUGAUUCAAUGGUACGUGAUGGGGGUAAUAGAAUUAUAGAAAGGAUGAAUAUGCAAAAAUGAAGGACGCCAAGUACAGUUGGAAAUGCCGAAGAGGAGAUUGGAAAUGUAAACGAAGAGGACGUGACAUCACACUCCUAUAGCACUCGUCGCACAAAUCAACGGAAGCAGCCCACACUGUGGGGAUAAAACUUCACCUCAGACGAACAGUGUAAUCCUACAUCUAGGUUUUUGACACGUUUAAUAUAUUAUAAAAACAUAGGCAAGCUGCUUGGGUGUUAUUUACUUUGUUAAAGCCAAAGGAGUGUAUUUGGCGGGCGUUUCUAAUUUCUUGAAUAUUUUGGAGGUUCAAAGUGUUAUUUUAGGGAUUAGAUCAAACUACAACAGCAGUUGGCAUUCGAAAGCAUUAAAAUGGCUUCUUCCUUAUUCAAAUAUAUCAUUCUUGUUGUGUUGAUGUGCGAAUUGCAAAAUGUUUUCGCUGGAACACGAUAUCAACCGUCGAUCAUCUGGGAAAAAUUCAACCCAAUGCUAAAAUGCAAAUGUAACUGGAUGACCAUCACAAAAUUGGACAUCUUAGACCGCGUUGAACUAGUCUGUCCAAAUCCGAUCCUUGUCUCUGCGCUUCGGCUAGACGACGUCUCAAAAGCACACGUGUUUUAUGACAUGUAUAUAAGAAAGUUCAACAUCGGCGCGAAUAACUCAUUGGAAGAUUUGGAAAAAGCAUUACACGACGAUUCAUUCUGUGAUCCAACUCAAUCAAAAAAACUCUACAGCUGUGUAAGAGACGAUCCUCGUGGAGCAUAUAAACUAAGAAUACAUAGCGACGAUGAGCAUUACGAAGGAGACAUAUCUGUGAUAUUCAGCAAUUCUGAUACAGGACAGCAGGGUGAUUUAAGCAGUACAAGAAAAAAAUGUGCCUUGGUUUUCAUAAUCAACGUGACUUCGUCAAGCGCAGAAAAGUAUGAUAUGUCCUACAGAAAAUGCUUAUCACCAGUGCCUUGCAUUUCAGGAUUAAAUUGUCAUAACAAGAAUAAAACUUGUCUUUCCUGUUGUGGCGAUCUUCCAAAGGAAGGAGGUACUUUUAAAUUAGUCCCUAAGACUAUAACACGAUAUCAACCGUCGAUCAUAUGGGAAAGAUUCAACCCAAUGCUAAAAUGCAAAUGUAACUGGAUGACCAUCACAAAACUGGACAUCUAUGACCGCGUUGAACUGGUCUGUCCAAAUUCGAUCCUUGUCUCUGCGCUUCGGCUAGACUACGUCUCAAAAGCGCACGUGUAUUAUGACAUGUAUAUAAGAAAGUUUAACAUCAGCGCGAAUAACUCAUUGGAAGAAUUGGAAAAAGCAUUAUACGACGAUUCAUUCUGUGAUCCAACUAAAUCAAAAAAACUCUACAGCUGUGUAAGAGGCGAUCCCCGUGGAGCAUAUAAACUAAGAAUACAUAGCGACGAUGAGCAUUACGAAGGAGACAUAUCUGUGAUAUUCAGUAAUUCUGAUACAGGAAAGCAGGGUGAUUUAAGCAGUACAAGAAAAAAAUGUGCCUUGGUUUUUAUAAUCAACGUGACUUCGUCGAGCGCAGAGGAGUAUGAUAUGACCUACAGAAAAUGCUUAUCACCAGGAUCAAGUUGUCAUAACAAAAAUAAAACUUGUCUUGCCUGCUGUGGCGACCCCCGAAAGGAAGGAGGAUCAAGUUGUCAUAACAAAAAUAAAACUUGUCUUGCCUGCUGUGGCGGCGACCCCCCAAAGGAAGGAGGCUCUUUUACUGGAAAACCUCCCACAACGUCUACAACAUCUAUCAAAACAACUAUGACAAUUUCUCCAAACGGCUCUUUUACUGGAAAACCUUCUACAACGUCUACAACAUCUAUCAAAACAACUAUGAGAAUUUCUCCAAACGGAUCUUUUACUGGAAAACCUUCUGCAACAUCUACAACAUCUAUCAAAACAACUAUGAUAACUUCUCCAAACGGUAAAAUAUUCAUCUUUACACUAGUAUUCUAUGCUCUGUUUGUCUAAAUUCUUGUUCGAUUAUUUUUUGUGUUUAAAGCUAUAUUUAAAUCCUAUAGCAAUGUACAGUGGGGGUCAAAAGUCUGAGUCCAUGCAGUCAAUAUGAUUUUUGUCACAUUAAGAUAUAACGACAGCAGUUCAUGUGCGCGCGUAUACAACCAUGUUAUAGAAUUGACACAAAUUGGCGCUGUUCGGAUACUUUUCUAUGACCUUAUUUGCGUUUCAAAACAGCUUUGACUUUUUCUGGCUUAGAGUGACCCAUGAGCGACACUACAGGUUUAAUUCUAUCCUAACAUUGAUUUAGGACAGUCCACAGGUUUUCCUUAUACUUUCUUUUCAUGUUCCAUUGCAGGAGUAGUUCUCGGUUUCCCAGAUCUUCAUUUGAUUGAAUACGAACCUGAUUCACAAAACGUUUCCAACUUUUCCUUCGACUCAUGUAACUUCGCCUCAUAUUUUUGCAGAGACAUCCCUUCAUCAUUGAUUUCGAUUAUCUGGCCUCUUUCCUUCUCUAAACUCUUUUUCAACGUUUGGUCCACGAAAAGAAUAAUCCGCACUUCUUGUAUAUAACUUAAAUACCAUGCAUGAGAAUUAAAUACCAUGAGAACUUGCCGUACAGACGGGCAAGUUUUCCUUGCCAAGUUUUAUUUGCUUGUGUGUACGCGAAAAAAUUGACAAGUUUUCCUUGACAAGGAGCCUGGUUCAAAAGCUAGUCAUGCCAGUUUUUCAAGUAGGAAACUGCGCAACAAUAUCUUCGAGCCAAUUGAGCGGUUUUUGGAAGUUUUAUCAUUUCUGUUUGUUUUGAGAUUCCAUCGUACACGCAUUUUAUCAUAUAGUCGUAAAAUAUACUCAACAUAUUCAUUAUUGUAAAACUUGUCAAGGAAAACUUUGCCCGUCUGUACGGGACGGGGCUUUCACGAGAAAAGACAUGGGAGGCAUUACUGUCACAUAAUGCGCAAGUUCAGAUCAACAAAUCCAAUUUUCAACUCACAAGAUAUCAUUUAUUCAAAGUGAGAAAAAUUAUCGACUGGACUCAGACUUUUUACCCCCAAUGUAUAUCAGUACAUAUUUUAUGUCAAUGGCUACUUGUUUGUCUUCUGUAAUCACAUUGCAUGAGCAGGAACUAAUUAUUUACUUACUUUUGAUCUAGGCUUUACCAAAAGCUAUUAGGGUGUCCGAAUUUCGGAAACCAUGAUAUCUGUACGAAAUUAUUAUUAUUAUUAUUAUUAAAAAUUUUAUUUACAGACACUAGCCCCGUCAGUUACCACUGUUUUCCACGGAGGGCGUCUACUUAAUUACAUUAUGAGCGUCUACUUAAUUACACUAUACAAAUAUAAACUAUAUAUAAUAUGCAGAAUUAACUACUUGAAUUUAUGAGCCUCUUGAAACAAUGAAUCGAUUGAGCAGACUUAGCUUCACGCGAAAGACUAUUCCAUAAUACAGCUCCUCUAUAUUUAAAACUUCUUUUGAGAAACUCUUUCUUAGGUCUCGGGAUUGAUAGAUCAGUAUCGUAAUGUCUCAGGUUAUAACCAUUUUCAAUUACACUACGCUCAGAAAAGGAUUCGCGAAGGCACGGAGCAGUACCGUUAUUUAGGAUAUUAUAAACGAGAACUGCUUUGUUAGUUUUAUAUUUAGUUUCGAGAUUUUUCCAUCUAAGCUGCUCCAGGAGUUCAGAGGAGCUUGUAUUGUAGUCUGCCCCCGUUAACACCCGAGCAGCCCUAUUUUGAAAUUUUUGCAACUUUUCUUUCAAUAAUAGACCGCAAUUGUCCCAAAGAGGGGAACAAUAGUCAAAGUAUGGUUGAAUUAAAGCUUUGUAAAUCGAUUAGGGUGUCCGAAUUUCGGAAACCAUCAUAUCUGUAAUUAAUUGCAGCUGCAACGAGCAAGGCAGCACUCCUAAUUUAUACGUUAGGAAGAAAAAUCUCGAUUUUACUAUGCGCGUUGGGUGGAAGCCAAAUUGCAAGGUUUCACACCAAUAUUACACACUUAAUGUAUGCUCCCGAGGGAAAUAGUGAGUUUUAACAAAACUCAUUAUUUCCUCAGGUAGUGUACAUUAAGUGCUUUGUUAUAUAGGAAGAAAAACAUACAUGUUACACAAAAAUAUGUUACACAAAAAUUUCGUGUAUGCCUUAACGAAAGCAGAUUCUUCAACCGUGGAUCCAGGUUUGAAUGAAAUGUAUAGUUGCGAGUUGUCCGCAAAUGCAUGGGCAUGGGGUAGGUUGCUUUCAGUAAGGAAUGUAAAUGGAACAAAAUCUAUGGUACAAAUGGAACGCAUUCCAUUGCACUCUUGGGAAAUGGGACUUUCUAUUGAAUAUCAUGUCAUCGUCAUCAACCAAGUAAACGAUCCAAAUUUAAUGGGGUAUUAUAUAAUAUUGAAUGCUGCAGUCAGAUCAAGUAGUAGCAGAAGAGUUACAUGUUUAUUCAUAUUCCUUAACGUAACAGGGCAGUUUCAGUACUAUGAUAUUGGCGGUAGAAGGAUUGAGCGUUAGGAUACAGUUGGUGAGCGGUAAGGUGAUCAUGGGUUUGAUUGAAAACAGCCCCGGCGUUCCGUCAGUUUAGACCCAAAUGAGAGAUUACUGAUGGCGCCAUCGGAGAUUUUCGAAUAUAACCUCAGCGGUUAACUUCUUUAAGUAGCCAGUUUUCAAUGCUCAGGAAAACAUCCAGAUUGUAAAGACAAGCUUAUCAGUCUUGUACUUACCAGCAGAAGAGCAUCCAAACAAUGGACCACAAGAUGAUCUUUGGCACUCCUCCUAUAUUUCCUUUUUUCCUGUCCAACAUUUUUAUAUCCUUCCUUCAGAUAACAAUUAAACAAACAAACAACAACAACAACAACAACAACGGGGAAGACAACCGUGAUGGAGCAUGCAGCUGUCUGGAUACCAGAUAAUGAAGAGACAUGUAUGCAUUGUAGAAAGAAAAUUUUAAAAUCCUAAACAGAUGGGUAAGUGUAAGAUGAACUUUUCGCAUUUUUUACAAAUGUUACAGCGAGUUAACAAAUAAGGAAAACAGCCAUGAUAUCGCCAAACCGACCUCUGGAUCAGGCGGGUAGAACCAAAUACAAUAUACAACAUGCAUUGAAUUGAAACAAAGUUGCCUGCCUCAGCAAAACUUGUACAAGAAAAUAUAGAAGUUGAAAUGAAGCCAACAUUUUACAAGGGAAGCGGAAACCUGGGCAAAUAAUGGAUGGAUCAAUCAUAAAAAUACAAAAAGUUAACCUGAUAUAUAACUUUGAAUCUAUGUCAAAAAAACAGAUAAUGUUUAUUUGUUGGUACAAAUGAUUAGCAGUUAAAUAAAUUACAUUCUAUUAUUGUGUGUUUCUUAAAAUAAUAAUUUUAUAAUGUAUUUUAUGAGAUAUGGUAACUAAAAAUCCAUUAGUUUAUUUUUUAUAGCUUUGGAUAAAAUUUUAAUCA